AUGCGAAACCUGUCCUCGCAUAUUCCGAAGCUGGAGCGCCUGUCACCAGCACAUGGGCGACCUGGAUCACUGGCACCACACUUUAAAUGUGAGACUUGCACCAGAGAAUUUCGGUCUCAGAAUGCGGUAAACCAGCACAUGUCGAGCCUUGGGCACUGGGCGCCGAAAAUCUCGUGUGAGACGUGCUCAGAGAAAUUCCAUACGCAGGGCGCCGCGGAUGAACAUAUGGAGGGCCUGGGCCACUGCAAAAACUACUGCAGAGAGUGUAGGCGGGGUUUCAUGAAUGAGAACAGUUUGAAGAUGCACCUCAACUCCAGGAUCCAUCGUGGCUCCAAUAUCCCGUGUCCAUUUUGCAAGACAGAUUUCACGACUGCCAGUGGUCUUGCGCAUCAUCUGGAGAGAGCGUCCUGCCGUCAGGCGCCUGGGCUCAAUCGUGAAACCAUCCUCCAAAUCGUCCGCGAGCGUGAUCCACACGGCGUGAUAACCAGGAAGCAGAUCGGGUGGAUCAAGAAGACAACUCGAUAUACACGGCCACCGAGAUGGCAUUUAAUGGCUCCCAUUGGGAGUGCUACAUUUGCCACAAACAGUUCAGUGGGUCAUGCGGUCUAA